AUGCAAUCUGUUCUUAUUUCCUCUGUCUUCGCAGCUGUUGUUUCUGCCGUCACUGUCGUCUCCCAGAUCGGUGAUGGUCAAGUCCAAGCCGCAACUGCCGUUGCUGUUUCAUCUGCUGCUGCAGUUUCAUCUGUUGCUGCCGUCGACACUACUGUCUACGCCCAGGAGACUUUGACCACUACUUACUGUCCAGAAAGUUCUUCUUUGGCUGCUGCUAACAGCACUGUUGCUUCUAACAGUACUGUCGCUACAUUCGAAGGUGCUGCCAAUGUUAACGGUGUUGCCGCUGCCGGUCUUGCCGGUGCUGCCGCUGUUGUCAUGUUAUUAAUUAGGUUCACUGGUUUAAGGUCUGAGGCCAUGCCUGUUGAAGUUGAAGUCUCCAAAAAUGAAGUUGAAGACUCAAAAAACGAAGUCUUAUACUACCAAAGACAAGAUGGUGCAGAUGAAAAGGCUUCUCAAUCGCUUCUUUCCUCCCUAUACGAUUCCAUUUCCUCAUUAGUCAAAUCUAGUGAUGAGGAUUUAGAGGCAGAGAAUCCAUGGAAGAAAACAGGCAAGGAUAAGAAGGAGCACUGGAAGCACCAUGGAAAGCACCACGGGAAGAAAUGGGGAAAGACGCGUGAAGAUCCAAGUGACGAAGACGGUUCAUCUGACGAAUGCGGCCAUAACGAGCUUGAAGAUCCAAAGAAGCACUGGAAGCAUCGUGGAGAGCACGAGAGAAAGCACUGGAAGAAGGUUGGUGAGCACGAGAGAAGGAAAUGGGCUCGUAGACCACCAGAGAGUGAUGAUGAGUUUGAGCCUUCCGAUACUGAAGGUCCAGAGGGGCACUGGAAGCAUCGUGGUGAGCACGAGAGAAAGCACUGGAAGAACGUUGGUGAGCACGAGAGGAGGAAAUGGGCCCAUAGACCUCCAGAGGGUGAUGAUUCUGAAGAGCUGUCCGUUCUUUCGGGACCACCAGAGGCUCCAGACUGUUCGAGCACCAUAGAUCCUGAUGCAUGUUGGAAGGAUUAUGGCGAACAACAGAAGAAAUACUGGAAACAAUAUGGUAAAGAGCAGAAAAAGCACUGGAAGAAGAAGUAUAGCGAGAAACCAGAUGACUCGGACGAUUCAGACAACUCCGGCGAGGAGUAG